AUGUAUGCAAAUGAGGAAAUGAGACGGACACCGGCUCCUCCAGACUCCUCGAGUCUCAGAGAUCCAAAGGGUCUGUCAGAUUUAGAGAGAGCAAUAAAAGAGGAAGAGAAAGCAGAGCACGAACCUCAGACCCCCGCCAGCACCCGCAGCAUCACCAGCAAUGUCAGGGCAUCUUCCUCUUUCUUCCCUUCUAAUCCUGGGCUCCCACAAAAUGGGGAUUACAGAGGCUUGGGGCCAGCGGCCGGCCAUGCCCCAGCACUGGGCACCUCUGCCAGGCCUGGCCGCCAUCUGCUCUCCAUCCUCUCAGAUCUGCUUUCCUGGAUGCACCUGCUUCUGUACAUCUGUCUGUCCUGUGCUGGGAUCUCCAUGUCGGGGUGUGGGCCCGCGGCCGGACUCGAUCCCCGGAGCGGCGCGGACGGCCAGGGCAAGGGGCGCCGGUGCCUCCCCGACCCCGCCCGGGUGUCCUCCCGCCGGUGCCGCCGGCUGGAGAGGACUCGGCGGCCCGGGGCGGGGGCGGUGGCGCCGAGGGGCGGGCGGAGGGCGGGCCGGGGCGGGGCGCGUCCUCCAGGCUCCGGGAGGCGGUGCGGCGGGCGCUGGCCGCGUCCGCCCGCCUGGAGCCUUGGGGCGCGCAGCCUUCCUGAUGUGUCACCAGCACGUGGAGCCAGCUUGGGCCGCGCCGCUAGCGGGAGGAACUCCCCCAACUUUCGAGGGGUCUCGCCGCCCGGCUUCUCUCCCCGCGGCGCCCGGCUCGCGCUCCUUGGGGAAGCGGCGGCGGCGGCCCCCAGGUCCCAGGCGGGUCGAGCGAGGCCCCGGCCCCCGACCCGGCUUGCGCUGGUCCCCGGAACGUCGGGGUGCCGGGCACGACUGGCGGAUGCGCCCCCGGACUCCCAGAUGCAGCGUGGGGCACGGCCUGUGGUGCGAGCGGCCCGGCCGGCCUUGCGCCCGGCAUAUCUGAGCGCAGACGGAGGACGGAGGCUCAGGAGACUCCCCAGAGGACACAUAGCAAGGAUGCGGCCAAGCUGGGGUAUAGACCUGCAGUUUCUAACUCCAAGGUCCCUGGAGGUUGAGGAGAGCAUUUCCUCGAUGCCCAUAUUAUGCAUCAACCUGGGUCAUUUCUCCUGAGACCCAGAGUCACUCCUGGUCCAACUGUGCUGAAGCUGGAUGCACCUCUGGGCCCCGCAGUUUUGUGGUUCAAUACAGCCUUCCCUUCCUUUGAGCCAGCUCACCACAGAAGAGAGUUCUGCCUGAAAAAGCUCAACCACCGCACCCUUCAGUGAAGCUCCGCCCAAGAACCUCCAGGCAAAACCAACUAAUGGUCAGUCCAGCUCACCUCCUGGGAGCCAGACACUACUAAGUGCUUUACAGGCAUUUUCGCAAGUCUUCUCAGCAACCCGCGGGGAGGUACUGUUAUCCCCACUUUACUGGGAUGUGGGUGUACUGCAUACCUGGGUACCUCUGGAGCCCCUCUGUCCACCAGAUUCCUGGCUUCUUGUCCCACAGCUGAAGCUGACCCCUCCCAGACCACAGGCCAGGGUAAGGGGGCUGGAUCCCGAAUGGCCAAAGAGGCUGGAGAAGUCGCACCAUACACGUGGAGGGAGGGAGUUCUCGGGAUGCACUUUGAGUGGUAGCGUCAGCACCUUCGGCAGGAAAGAACUCUCUGCAGGAGGCCCUGUUGUCAGUAACCUAGCACACCUUUCAGAUCUUUAGAUCACACAAUACCUUGCCUAACCUGCUGGUUCUUCCCACAGAUCAAAGAAGUAGAAAAGAAGAAUAAGUAAUUACCAGGUGACCAGAUCUCUUCCCCAGCUUCCCCUUCGGUAAUCUCACGAACAAAUGGUGGGAACAAGAUAGCACUAACAUGAAAGAUCACAAGAAGUCGACAAGCCGGCACACAGCUGGCGAUCAUGACACCUCUGACCCCCUCCAUCAGUGAUUAUCUGAGCUGACUUCCCUUUUUCCCCUUAGAAACUUCCACGGCAGACUCUUCAGAGGUGGUUUUGGCGGAACACCCAAGUGCACCAUCUCCCCAGACUGCCGGCAUCCUGAUUAAAAGGAACUUUCUAUCGACAACUGCUUCUUGGGUGUUGAUUUGCAAGCAGCUGGACUGAGUUUGGAAACAGCAGAUGAGACGGGAGGAUAAAUUCCUUCAUCCUCCCUCCCUUGGACCAUUUGAGGCACAUUUUUCCAGAUGGGGUUUGUUGUACAGUGGUUACACAUCACCUUGCUUUGCUUCCUGUUCUUCCCGACCUCCUUUCUCUUAUCCCUCCCUCUAGCUGCCCUGGAAUUCCACUUCCAAGUUAAUGUAUCAGCCCUUAAUCCCUUGCCAGAGGGCCCACUUUCUAGGGAACUCUGCAGUCUGACUCCUGUGUCUGCACUGCACGGCCUCGGUGAAUGCUGAACAAGAGGACAGAUACACGACGGGUCUUGGCCAUGCGGUUGGGGACUGAAGAGGAAAUAUGAAUGGUGUCAAAUUCACCAUCAGAGAUGCCAGCGAUAAAGGUGUCCCCUUCAUCUCUCCCUGGGUCUAAUCAGUCAAAUCCUGACUCCAUGCUGUAGGUCAGAGACUGUGGCCUCCCCCGCUAACCUCUGUCCAAUACAAAACAGUCCAUGCUCCUUAUCCAUCACUCGCUGGGUAUGUGAUGCUGGCAAGGUACUCAGCCUCUCUGAGCUGCCUUCCCCAUCUGUACAAGGGGGAUAAGAAUGGUCUCACCCCCUGAAGUGUGGAGAUGCCUGAUGGACACUAGGUUUGUGCCUAAAGCAGAGUGAGGGGAGGGCAUUGUGGAGACCAUGUGUCCAACAGAGGUCCUGCUUUCUUUUGAGAAGCACCCCUCCUUCUGUCCCUACUGGGUAAAUAGGGCUGUCCCACCCCUACUGCCAGAUCCAGGCCAAUCCACACAUCUCAGUAUUGACCACAGGAUUGGAUCAGGUUUGGGCAUGAGACCCAAGUCAGACCAGUCCCCUCAAGUUUCUGGAAUAAGGAAAGAGCUGUUUGCUCUCUGCUGAGAUCCUUAGCCUGGAGGUACCCGAGGCCAUUUUUUACUGUUUGGACAUGUGAGAAUGACGUCAGUGCAGUGACAUCAGAAGAUAACAAAGACGAGAUGGAGCAGUACACAGACUCUGGUGAUGGCCUUGGAGCUCCCGAUCCACCAUGCCAGCAGCUAAGGAACCCCUGGUAUUUUUAAAAAUUAAUACAUAUGCAAAAUUUUUCCAUUUCAGUUGCCUAAGCCAGUUCAAGUUGCAUUUCUGCUACUUAAAACUGAAAUGGUCUUGGGUCUUACCUUGUGGGCCAGUGGUGAAUAAUACACCUGCCAACUUAGGGGACAUGGGUUUGAUCCUUGGUCUGGAAAGAUCCCACAUGCCACAGGGUAACUAAGCCCACCCUCUAGAGCCCGUGCUCCUCAACAAAAGAAUCCACUGCAACAAGGAGCUUGUUUGCAUGCAACAAGGAAGAGCCUGCAACUAGAAAAAGCCUGAGGCCAGCAACAAAGAGCUCCUGCACCUCAUUAGAGACCCAGGGCAGCCAAAAAUAAUUUUAAAAAACAAAUGGUCUUGACUAUACGUUCUUUAUAAAUGAUCACUGCCAUUAUUGCAGUUAAUAUUAUUAUAAACACAUUCCUAGGAAGAUGCAGGCUUGGGGACACACAGGCCAGGUUCCCCCAGGGGUCACUGCUGCUCUCCACACAUUAUACUAACCCUGGAUAUGAGCUCCCCAAGGGCGGGGGAUUCAUGUGCUGCUCAUGCAUCCCAGGUGCCUGCUGCCUGCACAAGGUAGGUGAUUAACAGACACCCACUGAAUGAGCAAACGGAGUUGGCCCACUGCCCCCUAGCCCCCAGGCCUGGCUUCACAUUUUGCCCUCUGUCCUUGGCUGACAUCUGAACCCACUGGGGUGUGUUCUGCAGGAGUCUGUCUUGGCAAACAUCCGUUUUCACAGUGUCCUUCCUAGGGCCUCACUCAUCCCUUCAUCUGCUCAUAUACUCAGUUUCCAAAAGCCUUCUUUAUUAGAAAUGUCCAUUAUGGAUCACAGUUUUCACAAAAAUCAAAGUGAAUCAAACACUUAAAUGCAAAACUGGAAACCAUAAAACUCUUAGAAGAAAACAGGGGAAAAGCUUGACAUGGGUCUUGGCAGUGAUUUUUUUAGAUAUGACACCUAAAACACAAGCAUCAAAACCAAGUGGGACUAUAUCGGACUAAAACGCUUCUAUACAACAAAAGAAAUAAUAAAAUGAAAAGACAACCUAUGAAAUAGGAAAAAAUAUUUGCAAACCAUAUAUCUGAAAGGGGUUAAUAUUCGAAAUAUAUCAAGAACUACAAGUCCAUAGCAAAGUAAUAAUGAUGAUGCUAUAAUUAACACAGGACCUGAAUAAACAAAGAAGUGGCCAACAGGUACAUGAAAAGAUGCUCAACAUCACUAAUGAGGGGAAUGAAAAAACCACAGUGAGACAUCACCUCACACCUGUUACAAUGACAGUCAUCCAAAGACUGAUAAGUGGAGAAUGCACUGUCAGUGGGAAUGUAAAUUGGUGUAGCCAGUAUGGAAAACAGCAUGGGAUUCCUCAAAAAAUUAAAGAUAGAACUACUAUAUGUGGAACUAUCAUAUGAUCCAGCAAUUCCACUACUGGGAAUAUAUCUAAAGCAAAUGAAAAUACUAUGUCAAAGGGAUAUCUACCCCCAUGUUCAUAGCAGUAUUAUUUGCAACAGCCAAGACAUGCCAACAAUUGACAGAUGAAUGGAUAAAGACACUGGUAUGCCCACGCACAAUUAUAUACAUGCAUGCAAUGGAAUAUUAGUCAUAAAAAGAAGGAAAUACUGCCAUUUGUGACAACAUGAGUAGACCUUGAGGGCAAUACGCCAGGUAAAAUCGGUCAGACAAAUACUAUAAUCACAUAUAUAUGUGUGUGUGCAACCUAAAACAAACAGAAGGCCAAAUGCAUAGAAAAAAAAGAUUUGUUAUCUGUGCAAGGGUUGGGUGCUGUGGGGAGGGGGAAAUGGAGGCGGUCAGUUAAAAGUACAAACUUUCAGUUAUAAGACAAAUAUCUAAGGAUACAACAUGACGGUUAUAGCUAACACCACUGUAUGGUAUUUUUGAAAGUUAGGAAAUGGGCUUCCCAGGUAGCGCAGUGGUAAAGAACCCACCUGUCAAUGCGGGAGACGCAAGAGACGUGGAUUCAAUCCCUGGGUUGGGAAAAUC